CACAGGAAGGAUCCUGACCGGCUGCGCCCUUGUUUAGCAGGUGCCAGUGGCUCUUCACCACUUCAGCCAGGCGGAGAGAUCUCACCUUUAAGGACCCAGAGAUUCUGCCUGUUCACAGCUGAAGCUUUAGUGCGUUUUAACCAUCAGAUCACCCGCCUUGAAGGAUUCUUAGUGGUUGGUGCAGCUAUUUGCCACCGUGGACUGCCAUACAAUCCUUGUAUAAUCUACCUACUCAUCUAGCAGUCCUUAAGAAGGAAAAGCCUCAGAAGUUAGGACAGGAAGAAUUCAGGGGAGCAGUGUAAUAGCUUCAACAACCCUAAUGGAUGUACAGAAGGAGGCCACUUGCCCUGUCUGCCUGAAGCUUUCGACAGAGCGCCUGGAUCUAAGCUGUGGCCACAGUGUCUGCCAAGCCUGCAUCCCCGUGAGCAAGAGUGCGGUAGUUAGCAAAAGGGGGGAAGUCAGCUGUCCUGUGUGUGGUACUAGAUGCACAUUUAAAAAUCUACAAGCUAGUCAGCAUUCGGUGGGCAUAGAAAAGAGACUCAGGGAAGUGAAAUUGAGCCCUGACAACAAAAAGAAGCAAGAUUUCUGUGAAUGCCAUGGAGAGAAACUCCUUCUGUUCUGUAAGGAAGACAGGAAGAUCAUGUGCUGGGUUUGUGAGCGUUCUCAGGAGCACCGUGGUCACCACACCUUCCUCCUGGAGGAAGCAGGCAAAGAAUGUCAGGAGAAGCUCCAGUCAGCUCUCAAGAGGCUGAGGAAGGAGCAGCAGGACGCUGAGAAGUUGGAAGCUGACAUCCAAGAAGACAGAGUUUCCUGGAAGAAUCAGAUACAGACUGAGAGACAGAGGAUACAAACGGAAUUUAAACGCCUUAGAAGCAUCCUGGACAUGGAGGAAAAGAAAGAACUGCGAAGACUGGAGGAGGAGGAGGAGAAGAUACUGCACAGCCUGGCAGAGGCGGAGGCCGAGCUGGCUCAGCAGAGCCAGUUGGUGAAAGAGCUUAUCUCAGAUCUGGAACUUCGGUGCCAGUGGUCAACAAGGGAGUUGCUGCAGGACCUGAGCGGAAUCAUGAAAUGGAGUGAGAUCUGGACCCUGAAGAAGCCAAAAACAGUUUCUAAGAACCUGAGGUCUCUAUUUUACACUCCAGAUCUGAGUGGCAUGCUGCGAAUGUUUAAAGAGUUAACGAAUGUCCGAAGAUACUGGGCCGACUUCACGUUGAAUCCAGAAAAUCUAAAUUUGAAUCUUAUCCUUUCAGAAGAUCAGAGACAAGUGGUAUCCGUGUCCAUUUGGCCAUUUAAGAGUUAUAAUAAUGGUAUCUUAGGUUCCCAGUGUUUCUCCUCGGGAAAGCAUUACUGGGAAGUAGAUGUAUCUAAAAAGACUGCCUGGAUCUUGGGGGUAUACUGUAGAAAACGUUCUUUAACAUUCUUUAAAGGUAGACGAGGCAAAAGUCACUCAAAUGUUUACUACAGAUAUAGACCCCAAUAUGGCUACUGGGUUAUAGGGUUACAGAACGGAUCUGAGUAUCAGGUUUUCGAUGACUCGUCCCACUCUGAUCCUAGAGUGUUGACCCCCUUUGUGGCAACCCCUCCCAGUCGGGUUGGGGUUUUCCUCAAUUAUGAGGCAGGAAUUGUGUCCUUUUUCAAUGUCACAAACCACGGGUCCCUCAUUUACAAGUUCUCAAAAUGCUGUUUUUCUGGGCCUGCUCAUCCAUAUUUCAAUCCUUGGAACUGCCCAGGCCCCUUGACCCUGUGUGUACCAAGCUCCUAAGUUUUCUCAUUCACAUCAAUUUCAUGUAGCCUUUGAGGUUCCCCUGCAUCUGAGCACACCUGCACAUUUCAGGCAUUUCUUCCUUAUGUAUUCCUUUCUUCACCUGAAAACUUUUACUCACGUUCAAGGUAGAUCGUGCCUGGCUUGCACUGAGAGAUGUUUGCUUAGCCAUUUACUCUUUUUCCUAUUCUCAAAGACAGCUAAUCCAAACUAAGGAUGGAACAGGUGGUAAACCACCCAUGCCCUCCUUUUUCUCCACGUUUCCCUUCAUCACUGAAGAAACAUGACAAAGCCUGUUAGCCACCCAUCUCUGUUGUUUAAGACAAUCCAUAAGAAUCAGCCCCUUGAUCACCAACAACAGUUAAAGAAUCAUUGAGAAUAUGUCAGUUUGCCCAGGAUACUCCAGGUUCGCAGGGAGAGAAUGAGUAGAAACAUAAGUAACAGUGUCUAACCCAGAGUUGGGAAUAUCUCUGGAGCAUUUGAAUUCAAAUCCUGCCUCUCAUAAACUAUGUAAUAAUAAAUUCAGUUUUUUUUCUAAAAUACAAAUUGGGAUUUUAAAUUGUACCUAAGUUAAGAUCAUUGUGUAAAACUAAAUUUCAGUAAAUAUAAAAUACCAAAUUAAAUGUCUUGUACAUAAUAAAAAAAAAUUGUACUCAU